AGAUCUACGAACACCUUGCUUUAAACGACAUGUGUGUGUGACAGGCAGGGUCUUUCCUCUCUUCAGCAGUAGUUUCACGUGCUACCUCUCCGUAUGCCUUUAGUUUGGUAAAGUAAAAUAAUACUUGAAAUUUAUUCUUUAGUGUUCCAUCGAUAGUUUGUGCAGAAUGAGCUCCCAGAUCACGUGUGUGGGGUGGGUGAAGCGUGGCGUUGCCAAGGAAACUCCUGACAAAGUUGAGUUAAGCCAAGAUGAGCUUCAGCGUAUCAUCACCGAGGCAAAAGAAGACCUGGGGGAUCUUGCAGCUGAGGAUGGCGAAGACGACGAUGAUGAGGGUAUGCCUCCUGAUCCAAAUCCCAUCAACGAAACCCCUGUUGCGGCUGAAAGUCCAAGUGAUGACAAUGACGAAGGAGUUGAGGAAGAUGAUGAGUUAGCAGAGUACGGCCUUGACAAAUAUGAUGAAGAAGACGCCGCUACUGCUAAUCUUGGCGACAGUCUGGCUGGCCUCACAGUGUUCAGCUCCAAUCAGGAAGAUCCUUACAUUACUAUCAAAGACACAGACCAAUAUGAGCGAGAGGACUUCCAAAUUAAACCCACUGACAACCUCAUCCUGGCGGGAAAAGCAGAGAAAGACUGCUGCAAUUUAGACAUCUAUGUUUAUAACUCUGAGGAGGACUCUCUUUAUGUCCACCAUGACAUCCUGCUGCCAGCUUAUCCUCUGUGUGUGGAGUGGCUGAACUUUGAUCCGAACCCUGAAGAAAGAAGGGCUAACUACGUCGCUGUGGGCAACAUGACCCCUCAGAUUGAUGUGUGGGAUCUGGAUGUUGUGGAUUGUUUAGAGCCUGUUUUCUCUCUUGGGAGCAAAAAAGCCUCCAAGAAGAAGAAAAAGAGCAAGAAAGCUGCAGCUGCAGAGCCCGUUGAGGGCCACACAGAUGCAGUUCUAGAUUUAUCUUGGAACAUGUUGAUCAAGAAUGUGAUCGCGAGUGGAUCUGCAGACGACACGGUUAUUUUGUGGGAUUUGACUCAAUGCAAACCAGCUACAAUUCUGCAUCGACAUACGGAUAAGGUUCAGACAUUGAAAUUCCACCCAUUUGAGGCUCAGAGUUUAAUAUCAGGGUCGUAUGACAAAACAGCGGUUCUUUAUGACUGUCGAAGCCCUGACAGCAGCUAUCGGACCUGGAGGUUCAGCGGUCAAGUGGAGCGUCUUGUCUGGAACCACUUCUCACCCUGCAACUUCCUUGCGAGCACAGAUGAUGGUUUUGUCUACUGUCUGGACGCACGUUCUGACAAACCAGUGUUCACACUCAAGGCCCACGAUGAAGAAGUUUCAGGCCUGGACCUCAGCAGCCAGAUUAAAGGAUGUCUCGUCACUGCUUCAGCUGACAAACAUGUCAAAGUUUGGGAUAUUUUAGGCAACAAGCCCAACUUGGUGCACUCGAGAGAUAUGAAAAUGGGAGUGCUGUUUUGUUCUUCAUGUUGCCCUGAUCUGCCCUUUGUCUACGCCUUUGGGGGGCAGAGGGACGGCUUACGAGUUUGGGAUAUUAGUGAUGUUGCAGCAGUGGCCGAAGUGUUUAACAGUCGGGAGCGAUUAGUGGUAAACACUGGACCACAGGCCUCUAGCUCUGCAGCCACAGCAGACAUGGAGGUUUCCUAGUAACGCUGCGAAGGGGCGGCCUCCGUCCGCAUCCUCACAAGAACAAACUGAGUUACAGAGGAAACUCACUUAGCAUCUUUUCUGUGGAAGUCAGCUUAUGGAAAAAGAAUUGCUUGAAGAAACUACACUAUGGUUUACCAACGUGUUUUUUCAAACCAGCAAAAAAAAAGAAGACUUUUGUUCGUCUUUAUGCUUUUUGAAACACUUCGAGAAUAAAAUAUUGAUUUAAAAAAAGCAAAAAAACAGUAUCUAUUGUCAAAUAUUUUACAAGUUAGUGACUCUUAGAUGUAUUAUAGUAAUUAUACUAUUCAUUCUUCUUGAGCUUGAUCAUUUGACCUUUAUGUUGCCAAUGUCAGAUGCUCUUUAGAUAACUUGGAACGCACUCACCUGGACACAACUAACAUUCACAAGUAUAUAUUUUACUAUUGUAUUUCAAGAAGGUAAUGAAAUAUUAAAAAUAUGUAAAAACAA